AUGUCAAGGAAGCUUAAGAAAACUCACCUUUUCUCCAAAGAUGUCUCAUCUCUAAUGUAUGCUUAUGGUGAUGUACCUCAGCCAUUGCCUGAAUCUGUCCAAUGUCUGGACGAGCUAGUCUCAAGCUACUUGGUAGAUAUUUGCAUGGAAGCUUUCAGAACAGCACAAACAGUGCGCAGAAACAAAAUCAAAGUAGAAGACUUUAAAUUUGUAUUAAGAAGAGAUUCUGUCAAGCUCGGAAGAGCGGAAGAGCUGAUCAAAUUAAGCAGGAUAAUUACUGAUGCCAAAAAGUUGUUCAAGAAUUCAGACGGCAAAUCGUUAAAAAGAAUGAGAGAAGACGAAACUCACAUCACAGAAGCCGAAAUCGAAGAUGACGGAGACGACGGAUAUAUGUCCACCGAUGGCGCUGAUAAUUUCAAGAAGGUGAAGGAGGUAAAAAAGAGAAAAAAGAAGAACCAGUAA